CAAUUUCAAAAUCCCCUUCCUGUUGCACAUGUGCUGUUUUAAAGGCGUGGAUAAGCAGAGAAACAGAUUGACACCUGAGUUUCAAAGUAACAUGAUUGAAUAUGAAGGACAUUUUGUAUCACAUAGCAAUUAUCAUCAUAAUUAUUAUGACAAACAAACUACAAGUUGCACAAACAGAGACAAAUACUACGACUACUAAAAGUUCAAACACUACAACUACUGAGGCACCAACAAAUACCACUACAGAAGUCCUGAGCACUAUUACUGAAUACCAAACAACUACUGAAAGUUCAACCACUAUAACAAUUUCACAAGCAUCAAUAACCACAAAUAUGGAAGCCUUGAACACUACUACUGAAGUCCCUACAACUACCACAGCUGCUGAAAGUCACACUAAUACAACAAGUACAGAAGCACCAAAAACUGCCAUUACAGAAGCCUUGAACACUUCUACUACUGAAUCACCAACAACAACCACAACCACAGAAGGACCAACCACUACAACAACUAAACAGGCACCAACAACUACCACUACAGAAGCCUUGACCACUACUACUACUACUGAAGCACCAACAACUACCACAACAACUGAAAGUCCAACCACUACAACAACUACACAGGCACCAACAACUACCACUACAGAAGCCUUGACCACUACUACUACUACUGAAGCACCAACAACUACCACAACCACUGAAAGUCCAACCACUACAACAACUACAAAGGCUUCAACGACUACCACUACAGAAGCCUUGACCACUACUAAAACUACUGAAGCACCAAUAACUACAUCAACCACUGAAAGUCCAACCACUACAACAACUACACAGGCACCAACAACUACCACUACAGAAGCCUUGACCACUACUUCUACUACUGAAGCACCAACAACUACCACAACCACUGAAAGUCCAACCACUACAACAACUACACAGGCACCAACAACUACCACUACAGAAGCCUUGACCACUACUACUACUAUUGAAGCACCAACAACUACCACAACCACUGAAAGUCCAACCACUACAACAACUACACAGGCACCAACAACUACCACUACAGAAGCCUUGACCACUACUACUACUACUGAAGCACCAACAACUACCACAACCACUGAAAGUCCAACCACUACAACAACUACAGAGGCACCAACAACUACCACUACAGAAGCCUUGACCACUACUACUACUAUUGAAGCACCAACAACUACCACAACCACUGAAAGUCCAACCACUACAACAACUACACAGGCACCAACAACUACCACUACAGAAGCCUUGACCACUACUACUACUACUGAAGCACCAACAACUACCACAAGCACUGAAAGUCCAACCACUACAACAACUACACAGGCACCAACAACUACCACUACAGAAGCCUUGACCACUACUACUACUACUGAAGCACCAACAACUACCACAACCACUGAAAGUCCAACCACUACAACAACUACACAGGAACCAACAACUACCACUACAGAAGCCUUGACCACUACUACUACUACUGAAGCACCAACAACUACCACAACCACUGAAAGUCCAACCACUACAACAACUACACAGGCACCAACAACUACCACUACAGAAGCCUUGACCACUACUACAACUACUGAAGCACCAACAACUACCUCAACCACUGAAAUUUCAACCACUACAACAACUACACAGGCACCAACAACUACCACUACAGAAUCCUUGACCACUACUACUACUACUGAAGCACCAACAACUACCACAAGCACUGAAAGUCCAACCACUACAACAACUACACAGGCACCAACAACUACCACUACAGAUGCCUUGACCACUACUACUACUACUACUACUGAAGAACAAACAACUACCACAACCACUGAAAGUCCAACCACUACAACAACCACACAGGCACCAACAACUACCACUACCGAAGCCUUGACCACUACUACUACUACUGAAGCACCAACAACUACCACAACCACUGAAAGUCCAACCACUACAACAACUACAGAGGCACCAACAACUACCACUACAGAAGCCUUGACCACUACUACUACUACUGAAGCACCAAUAACUACCACAACCACUGAAAGUCCAACCACUACAACAACUACACAGGCACCAACAACUACUACUACAGAAGCCUUGAUCAUUACUACUACUACUGAAGCACCAACAACUACCACAACCUCUGAAAGUCCAACCACUACAACAACUACACAGGCACCAACAACUACCACUACAGAAGCCUUGACAACUACUACUACUACUGAAGCACCAACAACUACCACAACCACUGAAAGUCCAACCACUACAACAACUUCACAGGCACCUACAACUACCACUACAGAAGCCUUGACCACUACUACUACUACUGAAGCACCAACAACUACCACAACCACUGAAAGUCCAACCACUACAACAACUACACAGGCACCAACAACUACCACUACAGAAGCCUUGACCACUACUACAACUACUGAAGCACCAAUAACUACAUCAACCACUGAAAGUCCAACCACUACAACAAUUACACAGGCACCAACAACUACCACUACAGAAGCCUUGACCACUACUACUACUACUGAAGCACCAACAACUACCACAACCACUGAAAGUCCAACAACUACAACAACUACACAGGCACCAACAACUACCACUACAGAAGCCUUGACCACUACUACAACUACUGAAGCACCAAUAACUACAUCAACCACUGAAAGUCCAACCACUACAACAACUACACAGGCACCAACAACUACCACUACAGAAGUCUUGACCACUACUACUACUACUGAAGCACCAACAACUACAACAACCACUGAAAGUCCAACCACUACAACAACUACACAGGCACCAACAACUACCACUACAGAGGCCUUGACCACUACUACUACUACUGAAGCACCAAUAACUACCACAACCACUGAAAGUCCAACAACUACAACAACUACACAGGCACCAACAACUACCACUACUGAAGCCUUGACCACUACUACUACUACUGAAGCACCAACAACUACCACAAGCACUGAAAGUCCAACCACUACAACAACUACACAUGCACCAACAACUACCACUACAGAAGCCUUGACAACUACUACUACUACUGAAGCACCAACAACUACCACAACCACUGAAAGUCCAACCACUACAACAACUACACAGGCACCAACAACUACCACUACAGAAGCCUUGACCACUACUACUACUACUGAAGCACCAACAACUACCACAACCACUGAAAGUCCAACCACUACAACAACUACAAAGGCACCAACAACUACCACUACAGAAGCCUUGACCACUACUACUACUACUGAAGCACCAACAACUACCACAACCACUGAAAGUCCAACAACUACAACAACUACACAGGCACCAACAACUACUACUACAGAAGCCUUGAUCACUACUACUACUACUGAAGCACCAACAACUACCACAACCACUGAAAGUCCAACCACUACAACAACUACACAGGCACCAACAACUACCACUACAGAAGCCUUGACCACUACUACUACUACUGAAGCACCAACAACUACCACAACAACUGAAAGUCCAACCACUACAACAACUACACAGGCACCUACAACUACCACUACAGAAACCUUGACCACUACUACUACUACUGAAGCACCAACAACUACCACAACCACUGAAAGUCCAACAACUACAACAACUACACAGGCACCAACAACUACCACUACAGAAGCCUUGACCACUACUACUACUACUGAAGCACCAACAACUACCACAACCACUGAAAGUCCAACCACUACAACAACUACACAGGCACCAACAACUACCACUACAGAAGCCUUGACCACCACUACUACUACUACUGAAGAACCAACAACUACCACAACCACUGAAAGUCCAACCACUACAACAACUACACAGGCACCAACAACUACCACUACAGAUGCCUUGACCACUACUACUACUACUACUGAAGAACAAACAACCAGCACAACCACUGAAAGUCCAACCACUACAACAACUACACAGGCACCAACAACUACCACUACAGAAGCCUUGACCACUACUACUACUACUGAAGCACCAACAACUACCACAAGCACUGAAAGUCCAACCACUACAACAACUACACAGGCACCAACAACUACCAAUACAGAAACCUUUACCACUACUACUACUACUGAAGCACCAACAACUACCACAACCACUGAAAGUCCAACCACUACAACAACUGCACAGCCACCAUCAACUACUACUACAGAAGCCUUGAUCAUUACUACUACUACUGAAGCACCAACAACUACCACAACCUCUGAAAGUCCAACCACUACAACAACUACACAGGCACCAACAACUACCACUACAGAAGCCUUGACCACUACUACUACUACUACUGAAGCACCAACAACUACCACAACCACUGAAAGUCCAACCACUACAACAACUACACAGGCACCAACAACUACCACUACAGAAGCCUUGACCACUACUACUACUACUGAAGCACCAACAACUACCACAACCACUGAAAGUCCAAAAACUACAACAACUACACAGGCACCAACAACUACCACUACAGAAGCCUUGACCACUACUACAACUACUGAAGCACCAAUAACUACAUCAACCACUGAAAGUCCAACCACUACAACAACUACACAGGCACCAACAACUACCACUACAGAAGUCUUGACCACUACUACUACUACUGAAGCACCAACAACUACAACAACCACUGAAAGUCCAACCACUACAACAACUACACAGGCCCCAACAACUACCACUACAGAGGCCUUGACCACUACUACAACUACUGAAGCACCAAUAACUACCACAACCACUGAAAGUCCAACCACUACAACAACUACACAGGCACCAACAACUACCACUACAGAAGCCUUGACCACUACUACUACUACUGAAGCACCAACAACUACCACAACCACUGAAAGUCCAACCACUACAACAACUACACAUGCACCAACAACUACCACUACAGAAGCCUUGACCACUACUACUACUACUGAAGCACCAACAACUACCACAACCACUGAAAGUACCACUACAACAACUACACAGGCACCAACAACUACCACUACAGAAGCCUUGACCACUACUACUACUACUGAAGCACCAACAACUACCACAACCACUGAAAGUCCAACAACUACAACAACUACACAGGCACCAACAACUACCACUACAGAAGCCUUGACCACUACUACUACUACUGAAACACCAACAACGACCACAACCACUGAAAGUCCAACCACUACAACAACUACACAGGCACCAACAACUACCACUACAGAAGCCUUGACCACUACUACUACUACUGAAGCACCAACAACUACCACAACCACUGAAAGUCCAACCACUACAACAACUACACAGGCACCAACAACUACCACUACAGAAGCCUUGACCACUACUACAACUACUGAAGCACCAACAACUACCACAACCACUGAAAGUCCAACCACUACAACAACUACACAGGCACCAACAACUACCACUACAGAAGCCUUGACCACUACUACUACUACUACUGAAGCACCAACAACUACCACAACCACUGAAAGUCCAACCACUACAACAACUACACAGGCACCAACAACUACCACUACAGAAGCCUUGACCACUACUACUACUACUGAAGCACCAACAACUACCACAACCACUGAAAGUCCAACCACUACAACAACUACACAGGCACCAACAACUACCACUACAGAAGCCUUGACCACUACUACUACUACUGAAGCACCAACAACUACCACAACCACUGAAAGUCCAACCACUACAACAACUACACAGGCACCAACAACUACCACUACAGAAGCCUUGACCACUACUACUACUACUGAAGCACCAACAACUACCACAACCACUGAAAGUCCAACAACUACAACAACUACACAGGCACCAACAACUACCACUACAGAAGCCUUGACCACUACUACUACUACUGAAGCACCAACAACUACCACAACCACUGAAAGUCCAGAAGCACCAACAACUACCACAACCACUGAAAGUCCAACCACUACAACAACUACACAGGCACCAACAACUACCACUACAGAAGCCUUGACCACAAGAACUACUACUACUGAAGCACCAACAACUACCACAACCACUGAAAGUCCAACCACUACAACAACUACACAGGCACCAACAACUACCACUACAGAAGCCUUGACCACCACUACUACUACUACUGAAGCACCAACAACUACCACAACCACUGAAAGUCCAACCACUACAACAACUACACAGGCACCAACAACUACCACUACAGAAGCCUUGACCACUACUACUACUACUGAAGCACCAACAACUACCACAACCACUGAAAGUCCAACCACUACAACAACUACACAGGCACCAACAACUACCACUACAGAAGCCUUGACCACUACUACUACUACUGAAGCACCAACAACUACCACAACCACUGAAAGUCCAACCACUACAACAACUACACAGGCACCAACAACUACCACUACAGAAGCCUUGACCACUACUACUACUACUGAAGCACCAACAACUACCACAACCACUGAAAGUCCAACCACUACAACAACUACACAGGCACCAACAACUACCACUACAGAAGCCUUGACCACUACUACUACUACUGAAGCACCAACAACUACCACAACCACUGAAAGUCCAACCACUACAACAACUACACAGGCACCAACAACUACCACUACAGAAGCCUUGACCACUACUACUACUACUGAAGCACCAACAACUACCACAACCACUGAAAGUCCAACCACUACAACAACUACACAGGCACCAACAACUACCACUACAGAAGCCUUGACCACUACUACUACUACUGAAGCACCAACAACUACCACAACCACUGAAAGUCCAACCACUACAACAACUACACAGGCACCAACAACUACCACUACAGAAGCCUUGACCACUACUACUACUACUGAAGCACCAACAACUACCACAACCACUGAAAGUCCAACCACUACAACAACUACACAGGCACCAACAACUACCACUACAGAAGCCUUGACCACUACUACUACUACUGAAGCACCAACAACUACCACAACCACUGAAAGUCCAACCACUACAACAACUACACAGGCACCAACAACUACCACUACAGAAGCCUUGACCACUACUACUACUACUACUGAAGCACCAACAACUACCACAACCACUGAAAGUCCAACCACUACAACAACUACACAGGCACCAACAACUACCACUACAGAAGCCUUGACCACUACUACUACUACUGAAGCACCAACAACUACCACAACCACUGAAAGUCCAACCACUACAACAACUACACAGGCACCAACAACUACCACUACAGAAGCCUUGACCACUACUACUACUACUGAAGCACCAACAACUACCACAACCACUGAAAGUCCAACCACUACAACAACUACACAGGCACCAACAACUACCACUACAGAAGCCUUGACCACUACUACUACUACUACUGAAGCACCAACAACUACCACAACCACUGAAAGUCCAACCACUACAACAACUACACAGGCACCAACAACUACCACUACAGAAGCCUUGACCACUACUACUACUACUGAAGCACCAACAACUACCACAACCACUGAAAGUCCAACCACUACAACAACUACACAGGCACCAACAACUACCACUACAGAAGCCUUGACCACUACUACUACUACUGAAGCACCAACAACUACCACAACCACUGAAAGUCCAACCACUACAACAACUACACAGGCACCAACAACUACCACUACAGAAGCCUUGACCACUACUACUACUACUACUGAAGCACCAACAACUACCACAACCACUGAAAGUCCAACCACUACAACAACUACACAGGCACCAACAACUACCACUACAGAAGCCUUGACCACUACUACUACUACUGAAGCACCAACAACUACCACAACCACUGAAAGUCCAACCACUACAACAACUACACAGGCACCAACAACUACCACUACAGAAGCCUUGACCACCACUACUACUACUACUGAAGCACCAACAACUACCACAACCACUGAAAGUCCAACCACUACAACAACUACACAGGCACCAACAACUACCACUACAGAAGCCUUGACCACUACUACUACUACUGAAGCACCAACAACUACCACAACCACUGAAAGUCCAACCACUACAACAACUACACAGGCACCAACAACUACCACUACAGAAGCCUUGACCACUACUACUACUACUGAAGCACCAACAACUACCACAACCACUGAAAGUCCAACCACUACAACAACUACACAGGCACCAACAACUACCACUACAGAAGCCUUGACCACUACUACUACUACUACUGAAGCACCAACAACUACCACAACCACUGAAAGUCCAACCACUACAACAACUACACAGGCACCAACAACUACCACUACAGAAGCCUUGACCACUACUACUACUACUGAAGCACCAACAACUACCACAACCACUGAAAGUCCAACCACUACAACAACUACACAGGCACCAACAACUACCACUACAGAAGCCUUGACCACUACUACUACUACUGAAGCACCAACAACUACCACAACCACUGAAAGUCCAACCACUACAACAACUACACAGGCACCAACAACUACCACUACAGAAGCCUUGACCACUACUACUACUACUACUGAAGCACCAACAACUACCACAACCACUGAAAGUCCAACCACUACAACAACUACACAGGCACCAACAACUACCACUACAGAAGCCUUGACCACUACUACUACUACUGAAGCACCAACAACUACCACAACCACUGAAAGUCCAACCACUACAACAACUACACAGGCACCAACAACUACCACUACAGAAGCCUUGACCACUACUACUACUACUGAAGCACCAACAACUACCACAACCACUGAAAGUCCAACCACUACAACAACUACACAGGCACCAACAACUACCACUACAGAAGCCUUGACCACUACUACUACUACUGAAGCACCAACAACUACCACAACCACUGAAAGUCCAACCACUACAACAACUACACAGGCACCAACAACUACCACUACAGAAGCCUUGACCACUACUACUACUACUGAAGCACCAACAACUACCACAACCACUGAAAGUCCAACCACUACAACAACUACACAGGCACCAACAACUACCACUACAGAAGCCUUGACCACUACUACUACUACUGAAGCACCAACAACUACCACAACCACUGAAAGUCCAACCACUACAACAACUACACAGGCACCAACAACUACCACUACAGAAGCCUUGACCACUACUACUACUACUGAAGCACCAACAACUACCACAACCACUGAAAGUCCAACCACUACAACAACUACACAGGCACCAACAACUACCACUACAGAAGCCUUGACCACUACUACUACUACUACUGAAGCACCAACAACUACCACAACCACUGAAAGUCCAACCACUACAACAACUACACAGGCACCAACAACUACCACUACAGAAGCCUUGACCACUACUACUACUACUGAAGCACCAACAACUACCACAACCACUGAAAGUCCAACCACUACAACAACUACACAGGCACCAACAACUACCACUACAGAAGCCUUGACCACUACUACUACUACUGAAGCACCAACAACUACCACAACCACUGAAAGUCCAACCACUACAACAACUACACAGGCACCAACAACUACCACUACAGAAGCCUUGACCACUACUACUACUACUGAAGCACCAACAACUACCACAACCACUGAAAGUCCAACCACUACAACAACUACACAGGCACCAACAACUACCACUACAGAAGCCUUGACCACUACUACUACUACUACUGAAGCACCAACAACUACCACAACCACUGAAAGUCCAACCACAACAACAACUACACAGGCACCAACAACUACCACUACAGAAGCCUUGACCACUACUACUACUACUGAAGCACCAACAACUACCACAACCACUGAAAGUCCAACCACUACAACAACUACACAGGCACCAACAACUACCACUACAGAAGCCUUGACCACUACUACUACUACUGAAGCACCAACAACUACCACAACCACUGAAAGUCCAACCACUACAACAACUACACAGGCACCAACAACUACCACUACAGAAGCCUUGACCACUACUACUACUACUACUGAAGCACCAACAACUACCACAACCACUGAAAGUCCAACCACUACAACAACUACACAGGCACCAACAACUACCACUACAGAAGCCUUGACCACUACUACUACUACUGAAGCACCAACAACUACCACAACCACUGAAAGUCCAACCACUACAACAACUACACAGGCACCAACAACUACCACUACAGAAGCCUUGACCACUACUACUACUACUGAAGCACCAACAACUACCACAACCACUGAAAGUCCAACCACUACAACAACUACACAGGCACCAACAACUACCACUACAGAAGCCUUGACCACUACUACUACUACUGAAGCACCAACAACUACCACAACCACUGAAAGUCCAACCACUACAACAACUACACAGGCACCAACAACUACCACUACAGAAGCCUUGACCACUACUACUACUACUGAAGCACCAACAACUACCACAACCACUGAAAGUCCAACCACUACAACAACUACACAGGCACCAACAACUACCACUACAGAAGCCUUGACCACUACUACUACUACUGAAGCACCAACAACUACCACAACCACUGAAAGUCCAACCACUACAACAACUACACAGGCACCAACAACUACCACUACAGAAGCCUUGACCACUGAAGCACCAACAACUACCACAACCACUGAAAGUCCAACCACUACAACAACUACACAGGCACCAACAACUACCACUACAGAAGCCUUGACCACAACAACUACUACUACUGAAGCACCAAUAACUACCACAACCACUGAAAGUCCAACCACUACAACAACUACACAGGCACCAACAACUACCACUACAGAAGUCUUGACCACUACUACUACUACUGAAGCACCAACAACUACCACAACCACUGAAAGUCCAACCACUACAACAACUACACAGCCACCAACAACUACCACUACAGAAGCCUUGACCACUACUACAACUGAGGCUCUGACAUUUACCACAACUACUGAAAGUCCAACUACUACAACUACUUUAACUCUGGAGUAUGGGACUAGUGCUGGAGAUUUUUCCUUGGUUGGUGAUGACCUUACAAGUGCUAAAUUGCAAUCGGAAACCCAAGUAUUCGUUGGAGAUGGGUCAGAUGGUGGAUUUUCGAUUGUUUAUGUUGGCACAAAUGGUAUAAUAGGCAUGGGUGAGAGAUACAACAGUCUUUCUAUUAAUGAAAUGAGUUCGGCAGUUAUUUCUGGACGACAGAUCAUAUGUCCAUUUUGGACGGAUUUGACAUCAUAUCAGUAUAAUGGAAACGGUGCUGUAUUUUAUCAGACUUACUCCAGAGGAUUUAUAAGUCAGCACAGCGCAAUAUUAAGAGCCAAUGCAAUCAUCAGAGAAUUCUACUCACAAGAUUUUCCAAACUUUGCGACCAGCUGGCUUGUCAAGGUCACAUGGAAAGACAUGGCGCUGUACGCUGAUAGAUCUCAGAAAGUAACCAUUCAGUGCCUAUUGAUAUCGGACGGAGAAAACACGUUCGUUGUCUUUAAUUACAUUGAUGUCAAUCUCAGACCUAUAAGAAACCUUAGGAUUUCAAUUGGAUACAGGUUUAAAAGAUUUUUCGCCAGGAAUUCUUACUCGAAUCAACGGGCUGCUUUUCGCAUGAGUUCUGUCCCGGGGAAUAGAGGUACGAAUGGUUUCUGGAUAUACAAAUUGACAACAGUGGUCCGGCUAAGUAGAGAGGAGAGGGAAUGUUUUAGCUGGUAUCUGCAGAACAAAGAGGGCGGUGUGGCUAACCGACUGUCUAACAUGGCGCGGUGGCUACAAUGUCCCUGUAAUAGCAAUCUCCUUAGAUUUGACCCACGCUUUUCAUUCAGCAGAAUUGACUACAGGAACAAUGUUAUGUGCUAUGCCACGAUGACAUUUGGUAGAAAUGCGGAGUGUUGUUAUCCUUACUUUUGGUGGUCCUCCUGGCGGUGGUGGUGGUGGUGGCGCCCUGUCCUCGGCUCCUGUCGGCGGUCACCUCCAGUGGCAGGCACAUUAAUGGAGUAUAAUCCUUUCUUUCAACGGUUUAAUCACUACAAUCAGGAUGUUCGGCCAAAAGACAUUUGCUGUAAUUCAGGACAUUGUGACUGGUAUUACGAGGUUCGACCCAUCACGAGGUGUUACCGCAGGUCACCAUUUAGAGCAGCCUGGUUUUUCGGUGAUCCUCAUAUUGGUACUUUGGAUGGACAUCAGUACACAUUUAAUGGUUACGGAGAAUACACUAUGAUGAAAAUAGAUACUGAAGAAACUAAAUUUGAUCUCCAAGCUAGGACUGAUCUAGCAACUAACGAAAAUGGAACCACCAUUAAUGCCACAAUUUUCAGUGCUUUUGCCGCUAAAGACCAGACUGGUGCAAUCGUUCAGAUUGAAAUGUCAAGAAAUAAAGACAAGAUGUACAUCAGAGGUGAUGGACGCGACUUGACGAGAGAAUUCGAGAAUCUGAACUUUACAUACACUACGCAGUACCUACAACUACGACAAGAGAACCAGACAAUUGUUGCUUCUUUCCUUAAUUCUUCUAUAACAAUCAAAGUCAGUCUUGGUGUGCGGUUUUUGACGUGUGAGGCUGUUGUUGACGAUGUCUAUAAAGGAAACGUUUCAGGGCUGAUGGGAAAUUUCGAUGGCGACAAAAGCAACGAUUUCCUUCUCCCCAACGGUACAACUCUGACCGAAAACAGUACUUGGAGUGAGAGGGCCAUAUACUUCAACUUUGGUCAAGCCUGGUCUGUGAAUGAAACAACUUCGAUAUUCCACUACGAUACUGGUUUGUCACACGAGGACUACAAUCAUCCGGAUUUUCUUCCCUUUUUCAUCGACGAGUUCAGUGAAGAAAGACAAAACGAGGCUAAGGCACAAUGUGGCGGUGCAUCUGCUUCCCAGUCCUGUAUUUUUGACUUUCUCGCCACAGGCGACAAAACAUUGGCUAUUUCUUCCGGAAGUGAAGAGAGCACUUCCGAGUCUGAAACAAGUGCCAUAGCCAAUGAGACACCGGAAGUGGUUGGAGACACUGUGAUCGAGGCAGAAGUUAAUGUUACUAUGAAAAUCAAAUUCAACAUUUCUGAUGACGGCGAAAAUGCUGUAUACAAAAUUUUACAGCAGCCAAACACAAACUUUCAGUUUGACAAUAUGACAGGCAUAGCGACAUGGACACCAUAUGAUACCAAUGUUACAAGCAUUAGUGUCUCUGCCGUAGAUGACCAACAAGUUGAAGCUUCUCCACUAGAUGUCGCUAUUAUCCUAUGUAGUGGUUGUAACGGAAAUGGUAUAUGCAAUUACACAAAUACAAGAAAUUCCGAAAAUGAACUCUUUAAAAGAGCAACAUGUGAAUGUAAACUAGGAUACUCAGGUGAUGACUGUGAACAGGAUGUUGAUGGGUGUGCUGACUUCCCCUGUCCCCUGGGUAGGAAUUGUACCGACCUCACUCCGGACCAGGAAGCCGCUUUUAAUAGAAGUUACAACUGCUCUGACUGUCCAAGUGGAUUUAGAGACAUAGACAACAAAUGUGAAGAUAUCAAUGAGUGCAAUGGAACUGCUCCGGUGUGUAAUGUAAGGACCGAGAACUGUGAGAACACAGAGGGGGGUUAUACCUGUAAUUGUGUGUCGGGGUACAGGAAGGUUGACCUUGAAUGUCUAGACAUUGACGAGUGUUUUGAGAGCACUUCAGGAUGCGCACAGAUCUGUAACAACACAGAAGGGGCAUAUGUCUGCUCCUGUUUACCUGGUUUUAUAAUAAAUGACGAUAAUAAAACAUGCUUUGCGACAGAGACAGAUAAAUGUAAAAAAGCCAACCUUACCUGUGAAUAUACAUGUGUCAAUACAUCUGGUACUUAUGAGUGUAUCUGUCAAAACGGAUACAAACUUGCUGCAAAUGGAAUAAAUUGCACAGAUGUGGACGAAUGUGGAUUUGGAAUAUGUGCUCAGGGUUGUGUUAAUACAGUCGGUUCAUACAAUUGCUCGUGUUUUACGGGGUUCACUCUAAACGAUGACAAAACAACUUGUUCAGAAUGUAUACCUCCGAGUUAUGGUGACAACUGUGAACAGGUGUGCGAGUGUGGUCCAGGUAUGGACAGGUGUGACUCAGCUACCGGGUGUGUCUGUCUGUCCGGAUGGACGGGAACUAAAUGUGAUCAAGAUAUAGACGAGUGUACAGUUAAUCCGUUAAUCUGUGGUACAGACCAGGAAUGUCAUAAUCUCCAGGGAUCCUACACAUGUAACUGCCGGAAUGGAUUCGAGAAAGUUAAUGAACUUUGUAAAGAUAUUGACGAGUGUGCAAACGACGGUUCAAAUGAAUGUCCCGUAUCGUCCACGUGUCUGAAUAAUGACGGUAAUUACACUUGUCAAUGUAAAGAAGGCUACACCCAGAAAUCAACUUUCGAAUGUCAAGAUGUUGACGAAUGUAAGACGGGAGUGUCGGGGUGUUCUCAGGGGUGUUCUAACGUGGAAGGAGGUUUUAACUGUGAGUGUGAGUUUGGGUACACACUGGAGGAUGACAGGAAGACAUGCGCAGUGGUGACUGAUAUUUGUUCGCUUUAUCCACACCUUAACUGCUCAUUUGGAUGUAAACAAGAUCCAGCAAAUAAAACCAUUGGAUACUGCUUCUGUGGCGCGGGAUUCUACCUGAAUGCGGUGGAUAAGCAAUCCUGUGUUGACGUUAAUGAGUGUGGCAAUGAAACACUGAAUCUGUGUACCUUCAAAGAAAAUUGUGUGAAUACUAUUGGGUCCUACAACUGUUCAUGUCCCAUAGGACAUGUCUUAGAAAAUGACGGAAGACAAUGCUCAGUGUGCGAUAAUUUUCAUUAUGGACUUGAUUGCAAAAUACCUUGCAAUUGCGGAGUUGGUGCCUCCACUUGUGACAACGUACAAGGAUGUCAGUGUGAAACAGGAUGGGCAGGGUCGAAAUGUGAUGCUGACAUCGAUGAAUGUGCCAUUGGUACUCCUUGUAACGGGGCCUACCAGAUCUGUCAGAACACCCCAGGAUCCUACAGAUGUCUGUGUGACAUUGGAUAUAAUGCAACUUUACCAGGGCAAUGUACAGAUAUCAAUGAAUGUAUCAGCAAACCUUGCGACCAAAUUUGCAACAAUACAAAUGGGGGGUACACGUGCUCCUGUAACCCUGGGUUUAAGCUCACAAACCAAUCAAAAUGUGAGGACAUUGAUGAAUGUGCAUCACCAGUUCCACCAUGUGACCAGUUGUGUUCAAACACUCUUGGAAGUUACAAAUGCUUUUGUAGAGAAGGUUUUCUUCUGAACGCAACAACAAAGUCCAACUGCCUUGCCAAAACAGAGUGUACCAAGCUGAACUGUACUCAACAGUGUGCCGUGCGUGCUGAUGGGUCGGAGUAUUGUUCCUGUAGAAAUGGAUUCAGUAUAGAUUUAGACAAUGUUACAUGCAAUGAUAUUGACGAGUGUUCUCAGAGCCCGUGCAGUGAGAACUGUACACAGAAUAGUCCUGGUCUCGGUUACACGUGUUCUUGUGAUGUAGGGAAAAAGCUGGACAUUGACCAGAGAACAUGUAUAGAAUGCGAAAAUGAAUACUACGGGAUAAACUGCAAUGAUGCAUGUUCGUGUAAACCUGAAAAUACAGAAUCAUGUGACAGAAUCACCGGUUCCUGUACCUGUAAAGAGGGGUGGAAUGGGACAAUCUGUAAUGAUGAUAUUGAUGAAUGUUUGAACGAUCAUAUUUGCCCGAAUAAUUCCGACUGCAAGAAUUUAAAUGGAUCUCACUCUUGUAAUUGCAAAAACGGAUUUUCUUUUGCCGCCGAACAAUGUGUUGAGUGUUCGAGUACAACGUAUGGGCAGAACUGUGCCAGUCAGUGUACGUGUGAGUUCAGUAACACUCAGUCAUGUGACAAACAGAAUGGAACCUGUUACUGUAGUUCUGGUUGGCAGGGUAUUAACUGUACAGAGGACGUCCAAGAAUGCGCCAAUGAUCCCAAUAUUUGCGGAAAUAAUGCAUCAUGUACUGAAACAAAAGGCUCAUAUUUAUGUCUUUGUGACUCUGGCUUUCAUAAAACAUCAGCAGGACAUUGUGAAAAUAUUGAUGAAUGUUCGCUUGGAACCGGGAAUUGUUCACAAAAUGCACGUUGUUCUGAUACUGAAGGAAGCUUUACAUGUACAUGUCAACUAGGCUUCAGUGGAGAUGGCUAUAGUUGUACAGGUUGUAAUGGUACGUCAUAUGGUGAGCAGUGUUCUAAAACAUGUUCAUGCAACACAGUUGGCACAUCAGACUGUGAUAAUUUGGAUGGAACAUGCAUUUGUAAAGAUGGAUUUAACGGAACCCAAUGUGAGUUUACGGAUGAGUGUAAUACAGAAGCUCACAACUGUCAUAUGAACGCUACUUGUCGGGACUCGAGUGACAGCUACAACUGUUCCUGUAAUAUAGGAUUCUACGGAGAUGGCGUCAAUUGUACAGGUUGUAACAAGACAUCGUUUGGUGAGCAGUGUUCACAAACAUGCUCAUGCAACACCGCUGGCACAACAGACUGUGAUAACAUUGACGGAACAUGCAUUUGUAAAGAUGGUUUUAAUGGAACCAACUGUGAGUUUACGGAUGAGUGUAAUACAGGAGCUCACAACUGUCAUCUGAAUGCUUCAUGUCAGGACACGAUAGACAGCUACAACUGUUCUUGUGAUUUAGGAUUCUAUGGAGAUGGCAUCAAUUGUACAGGUUGUGACCAGACCACAUAUGGAGAGCAGUGUUCACAAAUAUGCUCAUGCAACACAGCUGGCACAACAGACUGUGAUAACAUUGACGGAACAUGCAUUUGUCAAGAUGGUUUUAAUGGAACCAACUGUGAGUUUACGGAUGAGUGUAAUACAGGAGCUCACAACUGUCAUCUGAAUGCUUCAUGUCAGGACACGAUAGACAGCUACAACUGUUCUUGUGAUUUAGGAUUCUAUGGAGUUGGAAUUAAUUGUACAGGGUGUGGUGAUUGGACAUACGGUACUCAGUGUUCUCAGAACUGUACUUGCAAUACUGAGAACACGGCUGAUUGUGACGACACGACAGGAGCAUGCAUCUGUAAAGCGAACUGGAACGGAACAAAUUGUGAUGUCCAUGUAGAGGACUGUAGUAUCGGAACUGCUGCAUGUGACCGUAAUCUUCAAGAUUGUUUAUUAAAUGGAACGAGCGGCCACUUUUGUUUUUGUCGUUAUGGAACAAAUGCAACAACUGAGGAUUGUCUGUCACAAAAAACACCUUCUAAACCUGGAACGAUAGAAACAACGUUCCAAGCGGAGACAACUCUGGCAAUAUCUGUUACGCCGCAGGAAUUCAAAGACCACACUGAAAAUAUAACGGCCAUUAUCCUUCAGACUCUGAUAGACAAUUUCAAGGAAGAAGUACGUGGAUUUAAAACGAUAUUUAUUUUAUCUAUAAGACUUGGUAGCCUUAAGGUCAGAUUUGAAAUAGUUGUCUAUAAGAACGAGUCACAAGAAGCACAAACGAGUGACUACAUCAGGGCUACGAAAAAACUGCUGAGUAAAGUUGUGAGGAUUGAAAUCUUAGAGAGAAAUGCUUCUUUUUCCACAGUGACUGUAUUAAUCACUGACGGAGAAGGCAAAAAUUUCACAGUCGGCAAUUCAAGCAGCCCAUGUACCAUUUUAAAACUUUUGUCCCCGUGUUCGGAAGGGGAAACAUGUGUUGAAAACUCAGGCACUCCUUCCUGUGUACCAAUAGAAGUAACGGAUUACUUUGACUUGAUUGUUGGGCUAGGAAUAGGAAUACCCUUAACAGUAACAGUAAUAGCUAUUAUAUUCAUCAUAUGCGUCUACUGUAAACGAAGAAAAGAUAAGGAAGAUCUGACAGUCAGCAGUAAUAGUGAUGAUAGGUCGUGUGAUGGGAGUGAAGCGUUCAGGUAUGGAAUACCUGUCCGUUAUGGCAGCUGGGGACCCAUGUACUCCCCGUAUGGUCUCGAGGGUCCUCGAAGUUUAGAAAGUAACCCACCACGACCAAGGCAAUAUGAACAGGACAUCUGGAAUCAAGAACAUAUAGAUGAUAGACCUAUUCCUUAUAAUUCGGAAUUUUCCUGGGAUUUCAUACAGUCUUCCAUUCCAACAGCUGAAUCGUUUAGAAUACAACGACCCAUAGCAGAAGCAAAUCCUAACCCAGUGUUUAGAAAUCAGUCAACAGCUUGAUGGCAUCUUCAAAGUAGAAAGGAUUAGAUAAAUAACAUUAUGAAUUCCAUAGAAACAACUAAAAUGCUAUCAAGGCCUUUUCAAGGAUGUGCAAUAAAAUGUUAUGAUUGAUUUUUAAAAAAAAGAUUUUAUAACGCUCAAUGUUUAAUGUUAUCGUACAGUUAAUUCAUUUUAGGAGUAGAUUGUACUUAUCUUAAUUUGUUUGUGUCUGAAUGUCAUAUUUUAUUGUUUGUAGGAGGAAUUUAUAUCCAUAUAUAAAUCUAUGUCUGUACAACGAGUGCAUUGUUUGUAUUCUACCAGUAUAUUUAUCUCUUCCAGUCGUAAUAUUCAGAGUAUUUGUUCAUGUCUACGCACAAUUAUCAUCUUUUCCGUCCGCCAAAAUAUAUUUUGGAUAUAUCUUUUUAUUUGUAUUAAAGCAAACACUAAGGUGCUUGAUAAUAUGCUAUAUAUCAGGCAGGUACAUGUCCAUGAUCUUACAUUAUAAGUUUAAGCUUUCAUAAAUUGUGUGUGAGGGUUUGUAUGUGUGAAAGCGUGCGUUCAUUCUUCUUAAUAAAAUACUUAUUAUAGAAGUAAUAUAUUCUAUCGUAGUUUAUAUAUUUAAAUUAGAACAAAUGAUCUUUGUUUUGUUACUUUGCUGCUGUUGUCAUAUUAUCUUUAUAUAAUAAAUAUAUUGUUAUUGU